AGUAGUUCUGUCCACGCGAGUGAAGGGAAAUCGUUGUAAAGACGAAGCAGCCGGUGAUAACCGUGGAGUAUAACUAGAAACUGAGCUAACUGUCUUAUCUAAGCAGCAAUCAUGAGUCUGUUAACAAAGCCUAAGUCGGAGAUGACCCCUGAGGAGCUCCAGAAACGAGAGGAGGAAGAGUUCAACACUGGUCCCCUGUCUGUGCUCACACAGUCAGUCAAGAACAAUACACAGGUCCUCAUUAACUGUCGCAACAACAAGAAGCUGCUUGGCAGAGUCAAGGCUUUCGACAGGCAUUGCAACAUGGUCUUGGAGAAUGUGAAGGAGAUGUGGACAGAAGUUCCCAAGAGUGGGAAGGGAAAGAAAAAGUCAAAGCCGGUGAACAAGGAUCGCUACAUUUCUAAAAUGUUUCUCAGAGGAGACUCUGUCAUUGUUGUCCUCAGAAAUCCUCUGAUCACAGGAAAAUGAACUCUUUACAUGAUCUGGUGAAGAUUUUUUUUUCUUUUUCUUAAUUUUGAUGAAAGAUUUUGAGAAAGUGGAUUGUCAUUAUUUGAAAUGUUUUUGUUUUGCUGUUGAGUGACUUCAGUCACUAUUGGGUGGAAGCAUAGUGUCAAAAUGAUGUCUGUAGAGCUGUCGGCACAAGAACGCCUUUGUUUACAGACACCUUCUGUCUUUUUCAUUUUAAUAAUAAAAGUGAUGAAAAGAUGAAA